AUGCCGGCUCUCCAUGUUCAAAACCCAGGCGUCUCUGCAGUCGCGAGAUUUGGCUUAUUAUUAGAUCAGUUCCUAGCUGAGGCCGCCGUCGUGAAAUCGACUGCUACAAUCGAGCCCACCCUCAACAAGUCUGAUUUCAAAGACAUAACCGGCCGGGUACGUACAUGUUUCCCCAGCGAUGCCGCUACUGGGGAAAACGGAGGAGGAGAAGUUUCUGGCCUUCACGAACAAGAAAAGGCGAAGCAAUUUGCUAUCAUUGAGACCGCCUCGCGGGACUUGUUUGGCAACCUCAUUGCUGCGACUCCCAUCGAAUCACCUGAUUUCGUCAAGAUGUGGAAUCUACUCGACAUUUUAUCAAUAUUGUCCGACGACGGCCAAUGCGAUCCGGCACUACUGUUUUGGCUCGUCGAAGAACUGCUCGACAGCCAGACCAUUUCGGGAUGUCGCAUAGUGUUCGACUAUCUCGAGUCACGUCGUGAACGCAUCACGUCCAAACAUUUCAAGCAAAAGCAUCUGGUAAUUCUGCGAAGCUGCAACGAACUCUUGCGGCGCCUAUCAAGAGCUGAGGAUACAGCCUUCUGCGGACGGGUAUACAUCUUCUUAUUUCAGAGCUUUCCCCUAGGUGAUAGAAGCUCUGUUAACCUUCGAGGGGAAUACCACGUGGAAAAUGUCACAGCUUUUGAGGGGUCGGCAGAAGAGGAUGAGCAGCAGCGAGAGUCAAAGAUGGAGGUCGACACGCCUGCAGAGACUCCCAAGUCAUCAACGGAUACCAAGGCAUCUAACAAGGGCGUCAGCUUUGAUUCCAAAAACUCAGAAAAGCCGUAUGAUCCGGACCGUCUCUACCCUCUAUUUUGGUCUCUCCAGGAGAGCUUCAGUCAGCCACUUAAACUGUUUGACUCUACACAUUUCAACAAGUUCAAGAGUCGUUUAGAGGUUACCAUCAAAGCUUUCCAGGCCAUCCAUCAAAACGAAGUGCCAUCCAAGUCAUUGGAAAAUCCCAGGAGAAACCUUAAGCGGAAAAGGGACGACGAGGGGUCUGAGGACGCCCCUGAAGCAUUCAAUCCCAAGUACUUGACCAGCAAAGAUCUCUUUGAGCUUGAGAUUAGCGAUCUCUCAUUUAGACGCCACAUCUUGGUACAGGCACUCAUUAUCACGGACUUUCUUCUGUCGCUUUCCAUGGAGACAAGGGAGAAGUUGGCCGGCCUCAACACUCCUCCGCCAAACAAAUCAGUCGUUUACAACGAUCAGCUGAGCGAAGAAAAUACGAAAUGGGCAACUGAGAUGAAGUUAACCAUAUCAGACUACCUUAAGAGGGGCAUUGACGGACCAUACUUCUAUCGGAUGGUCGAGACCGUCCUAGCUCGAGACAAGAACUGGGUAUUCUGGAAGAUGGCAUCCUGUCCACCUAUUCAACGAGACCCUGUUUCUCCAGAGCUUUUUGUUGAGGCGAGGACCACGGCCCAAAAAUUAGCAACCAGCAAACGACUGCGACCAACGCCCAUGGGAUCUGUAUCUCUCGAGUUCCUCCGAGACAACGACGAGUGUUGCUUGGACCAGCUCAAGACGCCUGAGAGAUAUCAAAUUCCAGAACUUGAAAGCUUUCAAAGAAAGAUUGCCGAUGACGACUUUGAAAUCGAGAUGCCAACAAAUGAUCAAACAAAGGCCGCCGCCAUAGCCGGCAAAGCAAGCAAGAGUUGGCGGGCUCUAAGAAUAGCGGCCCGCUCAAAAUUAGCAUCCUUUGAUAAAAUUGACGACUCCAAGAAAGUAGACAUCAUAUUCCACGAGCUCCAAGACGAAGACCAAGACGAAGCCGACGAUGAGCAGGCAGCAGCUGAGGACGACAUGCCCGACAAUCGCAGCCCCAUUAUCAUAUCUGGCCCCAAAGGUGUUGGCAAGUCCGCCCUUAUCAACAGCCUCAUCAAACAGCACAAAGGCGUCUUUGCAACAGUCGUACGACACACGAUUCGAGAGCCUACAGAGGGCGAAGUCAAGGGCACGAGUUUCCACUUUGUUUCCGCUCAGGAAUUCAACCAGCUACGCGAUGGCGAUCGCUUGAUCGAGUACGGGACUAGAGAUGGCAGCGAGUACGGCACGAGCAGUAAAGCUGUUGAUGCGGUAGCCGAGUCUGGCAAGGUCCCCAUCAUUGAGCUAGACCUCGAGGCCGCCCAAUUUGCCAGAGACAUGGACUUUUCAGCUCGCUAUAUCCUCAUUAAACCCCCGCCUGCUGAAGCAUACCAAGCCCGUCUCUCGUCCUCCGGUUACGACGUCACCGUCAUCAAGGGCAUUCUGUCCAGACUACCCGAGGAAUUAGAUGACUCUAGAGUCUCUGCACUUUUCGACGUGACCAUCUCCAAUGAAGACGGAUUAGAAGACGUCACCACGUCACUGAGUGAAUACAUCUUUUCAGAGGGAGACCAGGUAAACGGAGAGGAGAGCAAAGGCGGAGAAGGGGACGAUACCUUAGGGGAAGGAAACCAAGAUGCGCAGGGAGAUGAAGCAGCAUCAACUAUAGCAGCAGCUACGUCUACUGGGACCGAAGCUGAGGUUGCUGAGGACGAAGGCAUGAAGGAUGUACCCGAGAAUGAGGCGGAGUGA